GUACUCUCUCUGUUAUUCUCCGUCUCAUGUCGAAUUCUCGGAGUUAAACCGGAAUAAAAAUUUGUAUUAUAUUUACUAAUAAUUUACAAUAAAUAAAUUUAUCAAAUCAAAACCUCAUAAUGUCUACGUUAAUUUCUGCUCGAGGAGUUUUGUAUCCAGUUUUUAGGCAUACUUUGAAACAAUUAUUAUUCUCCCGUGAUAUUAUUCGACAUCAGAAAAAGGUACAAGUACUUCAAUCAUUAUUACCUGCUGUUUCAUCUGUGCGUUUCUAUGCUGAGAAAAAAGUAUUCCAACGAAAUAAACCUCAUUGUAAUGUGGGUACAAUUGGACAUGUUGAUCAUGGAAAAACGACACUCACAGCAGCUAUUACAAAAGUUUUGGCUGACAAAGAAAUGGCCGAAGCAAAAGGUUAUGCUGAAAUUGAUAAUGCACCUGAAGAAAAAGCUCGAGGUAUUACCAUUAACGUUGCACAUAUAGAGUAUCAAACGGAGAAUAGACAUUACGGGCAUACAGAUUGUCCUGGGCAUGCUGAUUAUAUAAAGAACAUGAUAACCGGUACAGCUCAAAUGGAUGGAGCUAUUUUAGUUGUGGCUGCAACUGAUGGAGCUAUGCCUCAAACCCGAGAACAUUUGUUAUUAGCGAAACAAAUUGGUGUUACACAUAUCGUAGUUUUUAUUAACAAAGUUGAUGCAGCUGACGCUGAAAUGGUAGAACUAGUAGAAAUGGAGAUUCGUGAAUUAAUGACUGAAAUGGGUUAUGAUGGUGAAAAUGUACCAAUUAUUAAAGGUUCAGCAUUAUCUGCAUUAGAGGGUAAAAAUCCCGAAAUCGGAGCCGAUGCAAUCAUGAAAUUAUUAGCGGAAGUCGAUAAACACAUUCCCACGCCAGUACGAGAUUUAGAUAAACCAUUUUUAUUACCUGUAGAAAAUGUUUAUUCCAUACCGGGACGUGGAACAGUCGUAACUGGACGUUUGGAACGUGGUAUACUUAAAAAAGGAGCUGAUUGUGAAUUUGUGGGUCACAAUAAAGUAUUAAAAAGUACAGUAACUGGUGUUGAAAUGUUCCAUCAGAUUUUGGAAGAAGCUCAAGCUGGUGAUCAACUUGGAGCUUUAAUUCGUGGUAUUAAACGAGAUGAAAUCAAAAGAGGAAUGGUUAUGUGUAAACCAGGUUCAGUUAAAGCUCAUGAUAAUGUUGAAGCCCAAGUUUAUAUUCUUAGUAAAGAAGAAGGUGGCCGAAGUAAACCGUUCACAUCUUUUAUUCAGUUACAAAUGUUUUCAAGAACUUGGGAUUGUGCAGUCCAAGUUAGUAUUCCAGAUAAAGAAAUGGUUAUGCCAGGAGAAGAUUCUAAGCUCGUUUUGAAAUUAUUUAGACCAAUGGUAAUUGAAAAAGGACAAAGAUUUACUCUACGUGAUGGUGCAUUAACAUUAGGUACUGGCGUAAUCACGAACGUUUUAUCUUCAUUAACAGAGAAAGAUCGAUUAGCACUUACCGAAGGAAAGAAAGCUCGUGAAAAGAAAGCUGAAAAAUCUUAAAAAUGCAUUUGUUAAUUUUUCUUAAUUUAAGUAUGAUAUGUCUUUAGCUCUUAAAUAUUUGUACAUUUUUUUUCUAAUCAUUUGUCUUGUGGUAAAGAAUUUCACAUGUAAAAUGAAAAUGUUAUUCUUACUUCAAUAAACUAUGAUAACGUUCGUUUUA